AUGUCUAUAUCUCAAGUUGUCAAAGACCUCAAAGGACGUCUUGAUGGAAAAGUAGCAAUUAUUACUGGUGGAGGAAGUGGCAUUGGUUUUGAAUCCUCUGUUUUAUUUGUAAGGGAAGGCGCAGACGUGGUGGUCGCUGACAUUAACCUUAAAGCUGCUGAGUUGGCAGUUGAUAGGAUAAAAGAGAAGUUUCCACUUCAUGUUCAUAAGCAUGCUGUCGCAUAUAAAGUGGACGUUUCCAAGGAAGAGGAAGUUAAGAAAUUGGUCGAAUUUACUUUAAAACAAUUUGGCAAACUUGAUAUUAUGUUUAAUAAUGCAGGAAUAAUGCAUCCUCAUGAUGAUAAUGCUCUUAACACUGACGAAAAAGUCUGGGAUGUUACAAUGGAUAUCAAUUUAAAAGGUGUUUGGUUUGGAUGUAAAUAUGCAAUUGAAGCAUUCCGAAGAAAACCAAACAAAUCAGGUGGUGCUAUUAUUAAUACUGCAAGUUUUGUCGGUUUUCUUGGUUCUGCAACUCCUCAAAUAGCAUAUACUGCUUCAAAAGGCGCAGUCAUUUCGAUGAGUCGUGAAUUGGCAGUAAAUCAUGCUCGAGAAAAUAUUCGCGUUAAUUCUUUAUGUCCCGGACCAUUGCGAACCCCAUUAUUAAUGGAUUUUCUUAAUACCGAAGAGAAAAAAAAUCGUCGUCUCGUUCAUGUUCCAAUUGGACGUUUUGGUGAGGCAAUUGAACAAGCACAAGCUGCUUUGUUCUUGGCUUCAGAUGAAGCAUCCUACAUCACAGGAACUGAAUUAAAAGUCGAUGGGGGUAUUACGGCUGCUUAUGUGACUUCCGAUGAAACUUGCGUUAGUAUUCCACCUAAGAAUUAUUUCAAAACUCAAGUAGAAAAGAAGAAAUAA